CGACGAUCUAUAUCUAAACACUUUUUACUUGAACGUAUACAUUGCCUCUCUAAUCUAUAAAGUAGUGUAUGUACUACUACUAUUAUCCCUCUAGUACCGCCCAACUACUGAACGCAAGAUCUAAGAUUUGCAGCGGUGAGCAUACUAGUAUGGUCACCAUCAGGGAAGACAUUGUUUAGCUAGCAUGCUGCUCUUUCUGCCCAAUUAUUGUAAAGCGGGUGCGUCGGUCGUACCGCUACUCUAUCUCAUUCCGAUGUUCGCUGAUCACGUAGUCGCACAUACAUUCCUACACUACCGGUUGGUACGGUCUUGUGGAAGAAUGGAGAACCUGCCUGAUUCCUCUAAGUUAUGGCGAGUGGCUACCUAAUAUAUGCACAAAGGAUAUGGGAUCAUGUGAUAGGUAGGGGGUGUCACCCCACUACAAUAUCAAGAGUCCUGUUUACCCUCAUCCAAUUUUG